ACCACCCUCUUGUUUUAGAACCUGAUCUGCUUCAUCAUGGGAAUUUCUUCACACCCUUCUCUUGUCUCCCUCUCUUUGAAGGAUCUGCUUGAGGGAACUGAAGCAAACAGAAAUUCAUCAUACGGGUGUUUGAGGACCAAAAAGAAGGGUGUUAUUAGGAGGCCAAGGAGGGUUUUGAUGAAGAGAAGGGGUGGUUGUAGAAGAGGAUCAAAUGGGAUUCGGAGACGCGUGAGAACAUUGAAGACCCUUGUACCUAACUCUGAUUCUUUGGGGUUGGAUGGACUCUUCAGAGAAACUGCUAAUUACAUAUUGUCCUUACAAACGAGAGUGAGGGUCAUGCAGGUUAUGGUUAAGGUAUUGACAGCCUCUCACGACUGAUUCAUCUGUUUGUAAAGACUAAUUAUAAUUAAGAUUUUUGUUUUCCUUGUGGUUUGUAGCUACACAAACAUUGGUUUCAGAUUCCAUGUUCUUUGUCUCCUGCAUCUAGAUUUAGAUCAGUUUUAUGAUCAUUUUCAUGGUGUAAGAAUCAUAUGACUGCCUUAUUACAGUCUUUGUUACAUAUA